AACCCCCCCACCCCUCAACCCUCUCCUAAAACCCUAAAAUACGACAUUUCUCUGACCACCCCCUUUCUCUCUCCAUUGACCAAUUCCCUCUCUCUGCAGUCUGCCCCAACCACCACCGCCGCCGCCAUGUAUCGCUUCGCCGUGAAUCUUGCUUCCAAAUCUCGGGUCGUUAGAAACCAUUCCCAACAGUUAAGUAGCAGGAUAGGUUGGAGCCGUAACUAUGCUGCCAAAGACAUUAAAUUCGGUGUCGAAGCCAGAGGUUUGAUGCUCAGGGGAGUCGAAGACCUCGCCAAUGCUGUCCAAGUCACUAUGGGUCCUAAAGGACGUAAUGUGGUGAUAGAACAGAGUUAUGGAGCCCCUAAGGUGACAAAAGAUGGUGUCACAGUAGCAAAGAGUAUUGAAUUCAAGGACAGGGUUAAGAAUGUUGGUGCUAGUCUUGUCAAGCAGGUCGCCAAUGCUACCAAUGACGUUGCUGGUGAUGGGACCACUUGUGCAACUGUUCUCACCCGGGCGAUAUAUUCUGAAGGCUGCAAGUCAGUUGCAGCCGGAAUAAAUGCUAUGGAUCUUAGACGUGGGAUCAACAUGGCUGUUGAUUCAGUUGUCACGUAUUUGAAGAGCAAAGCUAGGAUGAUUAGUACAUCUGAAGAAAUUGCACAGGUUGGGACAAUAUCAGCAAAUGGAGAACGAGAGAUAGGUGAGUUGAUUGCUAAGGCCAUGGAAAAAGUUGGCAAAGAGGGUGUCAUUACUAUAGCGGAUGGUAAAACACUUUACAAUGAACUAGAAGUGGUUGAGGGAAUGAAGUUGGAAAGAGGCUACAUCUCACCUUACUUCAUCACCAAUCCCAAAAACCAAAAAUGUGAAUUAGACAAUCCUUUGAUCUUAAUACACGAGAAGAAAAUCUCCAGCUUGAAUUCCAUUGUCAAGGUUCUGGAGUUGGCCUUGAAAAAACAAAGACCAUUGCUGAUCGUUGCUGAAGAUAUUGACAGCGAGGCGUUAGCCACCCUCAUUCUCAACAAGCUCCGUGCUGGUAUCAAGGUCUGUGCUAUCAAAGCUCCUGGUUUUGGAGAUCACCGGAAGUCAAAUCUGCAGGACCUUGCAACCCUUACUGGAGGAGAGGUGAUUACAGAAGAGCUUGGUAUGAAUCUUGAGAAAUUGGGACCAGAAAUGCUUGGAACUUGCAAAAAGGUCACUGUAUCAAAAGAUGACACAGUUGUUCUUGACGGAGCUGGUGACAAGAAAGCCAUCGAAGAGAGAUGCGAGCAGUUGAGAUCUUCGAUUGAAUUAAGCACCUCUGAUUAUGAUAAAGAGAAGAUUCAAGAGAGAUUAGCAAAGCUUUCUGGUGGUGUAGCUGUCUUAAAGAUUGGAGGAGCCAGCGAAGCAGAGGUUGGCGAGAAGAAAGAUAGAGUUGCUGAUGCUUUAAAUGCUACAAAGGCAGCAGUAGAAGAAGGCAUUGUGCCAGGAGGUGGUGUUGCUCUUCUAUAUGCAUCUAAGGAGCUGUCAAAUUUGACCACAGCCAAUUUCGAUCAGAAGAUAGGUGUUCAAAUUAUCCAAAAUGCUCUUAAGUCUCCGGUGCACACAAUUGCCUGCAAUGCUGGAGUUGAGGGUGCUGUUGUUGUAGGGAAACUGUUGGAGCAGGACAACCAUGAUCUUGGAUAUGAUGCUGCCAAAGGUUUAUAUGUGGAUAUGGUGAAGGAAGGAAUUAUCGACCCUGUCAAGGUUAUCAGAACGGCAUUAGUGGAUGCAGCUAGUGUAUCAUCAUUAUUGACUACAACGGAAGCUGUGGUCGUUGAACUUCCUAAGGAUGAAAAUGAAGCACCAGCAAUGGCUCCUCCUGGCAUGGGUGGCAUGGGUGGCUAUUGAAGAUAGCAGUGACCCAACAUUCUCUCCAUAACUUAGUUUAUUUUUUGGUGAAGAGUAUAUUAAGGGUUUCCAUUGUGAGCUAGAACAUAAGUUAUCAUCGAGAGAAUUGGAGUGGAGAAAGGACAAAUUUUGAUUGGAAAUAAUUGUUACACACAUUGACUGCUUGCAUAUAGAGAGAUUCAACAAGUCUUGAUUUAACAAAUUUCAAUCUAAUUAUGGUCCUUCCGUGAA